AGGCCAAAUCCUACCCACUCCAGAAUCCGGAAAGCUGAGAUUCCUGACAAACAAUUCUGGGAGAGGCUGCCAAUUCGGGUUUUCAGGAAAACAUUGACUGCGAGUACCAGACCACUUCAGCCAGUACCAGCCAAUACCAGACCACUCCAAGGCAUCCAAACCGACCUCACAGCCCAGCGAGAAGCAGCACUUCCAGGCUCAGUCCAGACAGGAAUGCAUCCAGCUCAAGCCAGUACCAGACCGCUCCAGCCAGUACCAGACCACUCCAGCCAGUACCAGACCACUCCAGCCAGUACGAGUCAGUACCAGACCGCCCCAAGAAGCAGCAGGAAUGCCCUUGACAGUGAACUUUUCCAGUUGAACAUGAAAGUUCAAAAUAUACUUGAGAACCAGGGAGAAAUUAUGCGCAUGCUGAGAGGGCUGGCAGCACAGUCUGUGGGGCCAGAAUCUGUGGAUGUUCAAGAUCUCAUUGAUCAGCCUUUCGAGACUCUUGAGCAGCUGAAGGCCUUCUGUGAACGGCUCGACACUGAUCUUCUGCUCAGAAAGCAGCUGGUGAAAGCUCUUACUGCUCUUGGUGGGCAGAAUUUGGCAGACACGGUGAGGACAAUGCUGAGGAAAAUUGCCACAAACAAAGUCCUGGAGCAGCUUGGCCUCCGUGGAAAGUCAGGAAAAGUGGCGUUUGAGGACUUGCCCCUUUACAGAAUAAUAAAUAAGGCAUGCAGGGGUGUUUACAAGCAGAUGACCACAGCAGAAGUGGAUUGUGAGCUUGGAGAGGUCCUGAAACUGGCCACUUUUCGAAAGGGAGGUUCAAAAUUUGAGGAGAAGAGGAGGAAUUAAGAGGGUGGACAAAAAAGGAAAAAGAAACAAGCAAAAGAACAGAGUGAGAUGAGGUAAAUGCUAAAGUAAUUAUGCCAAUGUUUUAAUUCAAUUCAAUUAAUCUACAUUCAAGUGCUGUCUUUGUUGUAUUU